UCGACCUCGACUUCGACCUCCAACCCCUCAUCCAACUCGAAAACGCGAGGCGCAUCAUGCACCUCCUCAACCUCACGCUCCAGCCACCAACGGCCGUCACCUCGGCCGUCGUCGGCUCGUUUUCGGGCAAGGGGCAGGAGAUCCUCGCCGUUCGAGGCAGCACCAGACUCGAGUUCUUGAAGCUCAACCCGUCGACUGGUCGCCUUGACUCAAUCUGCAGCUCAGAAGCAUUUGGAAACGUCCGCGAUGUCAAGGCCUUCCGCCUCGCAGGCAUGUCCAAGGACUACAUUGUGCUCUCGUCCGACUCUGGACGGCUGUCGAUCCUCGAGCUCGUCAUCACCCCCACGCCGCACUUUGAGAGCCUGUAUCAGGAGGUGUACGGCAAGUCUGGCAGCAGGCGUACCGUCCCCGGCCAGUUCCUCGCCGUCGACCCCAAGGGCCGCGCGGCGAUGUACGCGGCCGUGGAAAAGUCCAAGCUGGUGUACAUUCUCAACCGCAACUCGGAGGGCAAGCUGUUCCCAUCGUCGCCGCUCGAGGCGCACAAGAACCACUCGAUCCUCACCGACCUGGUUGCGUGCGACACGGGCUACGACAACCCCAUGUUUGCUGCCCUCGAGCUCGACUACACCGAGUCGGACCAGGACCCGACGGGCGACGCGUUCCGCCAGACAGAAAAAUACCUGACGUUCUACGAGCUCGACCUCGGCCUCAACCACGUCGUGCGCAAGUGGAGCGAGCCGACCGACAGGAGAGCCAACCUCCUUGUGCAGGUGCCAGGCGGCCAGAACGCCAACACGGACAAGUUUGAUGGCCCGUCAGGCGUUCUUGUGUGUACCGAGGACCAUGUGAUCUGGAAACACAUGGAUGCCGAGGCGCACCGUGUCCCGAUUCCGCGUAGGAGGAACGCGCUCGCCCAGCGCGGAGAGAGCAGCCGCGGGCUGAUUAUCGUCGCCGCCGUCACGCACAAGAUCAAGGGCGCGUUCUUCUUCCUCCUCCAGUCGGAAGACGGCGACCUGUACAAGGCGUGGAUCGAGCACGAGGGCGAGGACGUGCGCGCGCUCAAGAUCAAGUACUUUGACACGGUGCCCGUGGCCACCGCCCUGUGUAUCCUCAAGAGCGGAUACCUGUUUGUUGCGAGCGAGUUUGGCGACCAGAACUUUUACCAGUUCCAGAGCCUGGCCGAGGACGACGGCGAGCAGGAGUGGUCGUCGACGGAUUACCCAGACUUUGGCAACACCGAGGGCCCGCUGCCAUACGCCUUCUUCAACCCCCGCCCGCUGCAAAACUUGAUUCAGGCCGAGACGCUGACGUCGUUGGAUCCUAUCCUCGACGCGCAGGUCGUCAACCUGCUCGGCCACGCGUCCGACACGCCGCAGAUCUACGCCGCGUGCGGCCGCGGACCACGGAGUACCUUCCGUUCGCUCAAGCACGGCCUCGACGUCAACGUCCUCGUGAGCUCGCCGCUGCCCGGUGUGCCCAACGCGGUGUGGACCCUCAAGCUCGGUGAGGACGACGAGUACGACUCGUACAUUAUUCUGUCGUUCCCCAACGGCACGCUCGUGCUGUCGAUUGGUGACACGAUCGAGGAAGUCAACGACACGGGCUUCUUAUCAUCUGGGCCCACACUUGCCGUGCAGCAGCUGGGCCCCAAUGGCCUCUUGCAGGUCCACCCUCAUGGCCUCCGGCACAUCCGCGCUGCUGACAGAGUUGACGAGUGGGGCUGCCCACCCGGAACGUCCAUCGUCGCGGCGACGACCAACAAGCGCCAGGUGGUCAUUGCGCUCAACACGGCCGAGCUGGUCUACUUUGAGCUCGACGAGGAGGGAUCUCUCAGCGAGUACCAGGAGAAGAAGAGCCUGCCUUCCAACGUGACGUGUGUGAGCAUUGCCGAGGUGCCAGAGGGCAGGAAGCGCACGCCGUACCUCGCUGUUGGGUGUGACGACCAGCGAGUGCACAUCAUUUCGUUGGAGCCCGACGACACGCUCGAGACGCUCUCGCUGCAGGGUCUCACAGCGCCCCCGUCCGACAUCUGCCUGGCCGAGAUCUUUGACACGUCGAUCGACAAGAACCGCCCCACAAUGUUCCUGUCGAUUGGCCUUGUCAACGGUGUGCUCUUGCGCACGGUCGUUGACCCCGUUGACGGCUCGCUGUCCGACACGCGCCUGCGAUUCCUCGGUGCCAAGCCGAUCAAGAUUGCCCGCUCGACUGUCCACGGCUCGCCAUGUGUCAUGGCCUUCUCGUCGCGUACCUGGCUGCUGUACACCUACCAGGACCUCCUGCAGACGCAGCCCCUGAUCUACGACAUGCUCGAGUACGCGUGCAGCCUGAACGCCAGCAUGUGCCCCGACGGUCUGAUCGGCAUCUCGGGCAACACGCUACGCAUCUUCACCAUUCCCAAGCUGGGCGAGAAGCUCAAGCAGGACUCGACCCCCUUGAGCUACACACCCCGCAAGCUUAUCGGAUACCCUUACGGCAACGUGUUCUACUCGAUUGAGGCCGACCACCGGACAUAUUCUCCUCAGGCCAUUGAGCGGAUAGUGCGCGAGAAGGAGGCACAGGGCGACCGCGUCGACCGGUCAUUGUUAGACCUGCCAGCAGAGGAGUUUGGACGGCCCCGUGCGCCGGCUGGAAACUGGGCGUCAUUGAUUCGCAUUGUUGAUCCCUUGGAAACAUCAACAGUACAGACGAUUGAACUGGACGAGAACGAGGCGGCGUUCUCGGCUGCGGUGUGCUUCUUCGAGCGGAUGAAUGGAGAGCCGACGUUGGUGGUCGGCACGGCAGUGGGCACGACGCUCGUCCCCAAGUCGUGCAAGGAGGGAUGGCUGCGCGUGUACGCCAUCAAGAACGAGGGACGGACACUCGAGUUCUUGCACAAGACCAAGACGGACGACAUCCCCAUCGCUGUCGCGGCGUUCCAGGGCUUCCUGCUUGCGGGUGUCGGCAAGUCACUGCGCCUGUACGAGGCGGGUAAGAAGGCGCUGCUCCGCAAGUGCGAGAACAAUGGCUUCCCUACCGGCGUUGCCACGAUCAACGUCAUUGGCGCGCGUAUCAUUGUUGGCGACUUGCAGGAGUCGACCUUCUUCUGCGUGUACCGCUCAGUACCAACGCGUCAGCUGCUCAUCUUUGCCGACGACGGCCAGCCACGAUGGCUGACAUCGGUCGUGUCGAUCGACUACGACACGGUGGCGUGCGCCGACAAGUUUGGCAACGUCUUCAUCAACCGCCUGGAUGAGCGCAUCUCGGAGAAGGUUGACGACGACCCGACCGGCGCGGGCAUCCUGCACGAGAAGGGCUUCCUGAUGGGUGCGGCGAACAAGACGGACAUGAUUGCCCACUAUAACGUUGGCAGCAUUGUGACGUCGUUGACAAAAGUGUCGGUCGCCCCUGGUGGUCGCGACGUGAUUGUCUACACGACCAUCUCUGGUGCUGUCGGCGCGCUCAUUCCGUUCAUCUCCAACGACGACGUCGAGUUCAUGUCGACGCUCGAGAUGCACAUUCGGUCACUCAACACGUCACUCGUGGGCCGCGACCACCUGUCGUACCGCGGCUACUACGCCCCGGUCAAGGCUGUUGUCGACGGCGACUUGUGCGAGAGCUUCAACCUCCUGCCGUACCCCAAGCAGCAGGCGAUUGCUGCGGACCUGGACCGCAAUGUCGGCGAUGUGCUCAAGAAGCUCGAGCAGAUGCGCACUGGCAGUGUGUUCUAAGCCAAGCGGAGGGAUCGGCGACCGGGGAAGUGCGGGGUGGGAGAUAAGGGGCCGUGAUUAGGAGUGACGGCAAAGGGGCGAUUAGGAGGGGGCAGAUUUGCAGCGGAGAUUAGGAGCGGAGCUGUUGGUGUCUGUAGAUGACGCCAGAGUGGUCCGCGUGGUAGGGAUAGAAGCGGCGGCGGCGAGCAGCAGCCAUUAGCGCAGCCGAGGUGCAGCAAUGCAUGCAUGACACG